AUGAGUGGACCAAUCGCUACGCAACGUAUUCCAACUAAGCGUCAAACUUUGGAUGAAGCUUAUGCCCCACCUGCCAAUUUUUUGGAAAUCGAAGUUGUUAAUCCGAUAACUCAUGGCGUUGGCAAAACAAGAUACACUGAUUAUGAAAUUCGAAUGAGAUCUAACCUUCCUGUUUUCAAGCAGAAAGAAUCUACUGUACGCCGUCGUUAUAGUGAUUUCGAAUGGCUCAGAGGGGAACUUGAGCGAGACAGCAAGAUUGUUGUUCCACCUUUGCCCGGAAAGUCAUUGAAACGUCAAAUGCCUUUCCGAUCUGACGAUGGUAUUUUCGAAGAAGAGUUUAUCGAAAGAAGAAGAAAAGCGCUUGAAGUUUUUAUUAACAAAGUAGCUGGCCAUCCACUUGCCCAGAACGAGCGCUCUUUGCACAUUUUCUUGCAAGAACCCAUGAUUGACAAAAAUUAUAUCCCAGGAAAGAUCCGCUCUACAUAA